AAAAAAAAACCUCUUAAAUGUUAUGAGAAUUCAUUAGGCUCAGUUCCUGCUAAAGUGAGGACUCAAAAACUCAAAAGGCCCAAAGACUCAACAACGAGAAUUAGCAGGUUGAGUUAGUAAUUCUCACCUAGGAAGCAUGCCUCUCCUGGGAGGAGGCACAUGUCAGAAUUUCUGGGAUAGCUCGUGAGUAUGGUGUGAAACAAGUACUUUCCAAAGAAGUAACCAAGUUGUAUUUUUAAUAAAACGGUGGUUUUAUAAUACAACCCAUAAGAAGUGAAGUUCCGUAGACAAGUCCAGGCUGGAGAGGAAACCCCACGGUGACAUGGCUCCUGGUGUGUCGGCCGAGUGUGCAGCAGUAGCCCCCCCCCCCCCCGGGGAAGCAGGCAGGCUGGCGGGGGCUUGGCGAGCAGAGGGAAGGGGAGGUGCCUCAUAGGGCAGAGAGGUUCUGAGAAAACCCGGACGAGAGACGGUGGUCUGGGCGGCUGCUGACCACUGGCUCGACACCACCGUCGCGUCCGCUUUUACCCGCUGUGGUUGCAGCUCCCAGCUUUGAACCAUAAGGCUCAGGUCUCAUCCAUGUAGGUGGUUUUCUUCCCCUGCGAGGUCCUUUGAGCUAGUGUCGCUGUGGUAGCCCCAGCACAUGGUGAAUGUCUCAUCUGUGUCGGAAGGCGGUAGAGGAAGUGUUCCGUGAUGACUAGGGCGCCGCUUUCCCAUCCUUUGCUCAUCUUAAACCGUUGCAUUGUUUUUGUUUGUGUUUUACAGUUUUUGAGACAGUGUCCUUGUGUUCAGACUCUCUCUUCCAGAGGGCAGUUUCAAUUCUCCAUACUUCUUACUUGGAUUCUGCAUCUGAGCAUGGUUUUCAGUACAGUCACGUGACUUUGGUGAAAAAUGACAUUUUCUUAAAUGAGUACAAAACUUUUUAUCAAGAAAAAAAAGCAAGUGACUAUACUCAGGAAGAACUUGAAGAAACUUGCGGGUUUCUGCUGUUUGAGACCGAAAAUCAGGCAAAGUUGGUAUGUCAGCGUGGACUCUGUGUUGGCAGCAGUGCUCUCACCACUCUGGGUGACCCAGGGAAAGGGCAGAGUCAGGUUUGUGUCUGAGAACUAUACAAGUAACUACACUAGCCCGUCUUCUGGCUACGACUGCCACGUGGCUGUGAAUACUCACAAGGUUUCUCACAGGACGAGUCAUUUUCGCACCUUUGAACUGAGCCAGUAUUACCUCUAUGAACUUUCAGGCAGCACUGUUGCUGAGCGACCCAGACAGAUCUGUCCUUAUGUGAUUGUAGCUUUUCAGUACAGGGACCCUAAAACCAUGGCAGCACCACCUCAUAUUCCUAAAAGCUUACUUGAACUCAAAGAAAAUGUUUUCAUCUCUCCAUGGAAAGGGAAAUUACUUAUUCAAGGCUAUCUGCUGUGUGAUAUAACUCUAUGGUCCUCUUACGGUACAGGGGUUCCAGCACAAAUACCGCAUGAACUGGAUUUUAGAUACGUAAUGAAAGUGUCGUCUUUGAAAAAAACACUACCAGAAGCUGCUUUUAGAAAACAGAAUUACUUGGAGCACAAAGUCUGUUGCCAAGAUAUGUGCUUCAGUAUGUACGAGGUGGAACUAUCAAACAAACAAGGGGGGGGAGUAGAUAAACUCACAGAAUACAUUAAAAGGGAGCAAUUGGCAAUCAUCAAAUGCUUAGAAGAUCGAGAGUUUUUCAUUUUACUUACGUCAUCAGCCUUAAUAGCGGAAACAAAUCUUGGAGAGGAGCAGGCGGGCCUGCGAGGGCUGCAUCUCUGCCAUUCAUCCGCGCCAGCAGGGCUGAAAGACUUGAAGGUUGAAGAUGACUUCUCAUUGAAGGUGAUACCUAUUUUGCCUGCCCUUCAUUGUGCCCUGCUAGAAGCAAAGAAAUCAUUUACUGAGAAAGACAUCUGUCUAAACAAAUUAGUCAAACAUAAUUUCCAAGAACUGUACAAGGUGGACAAAAGUCCUGCAUUGACUGCUGCGUCUCAGGACGGAAUUAAAGAGACUGCGUUCUUUGGCAAAGUGUCCAGUGAUUUCGACUUGGUUCCUCCAGCUGAAAAGUGCCCUCUACAGGCUUUGAGUCAGCUGAAGUCUUAUUUUUCAGAUCCUAGUGGGUACAUCUUGGAAGUGUCUACUGCGUUGGAUUUAUUGGCAGAGCGUCCUCAGUCUCCGUGUAUCUCAGAUGGAAUUUGCGAUGCUGGAUUUUCUUUAGCUAUGACUCCAGAUCCUGAAUUUCACGACUCAGAGACAGAAGUAAGAAAAGAAACAGAAACGGAGAAGAAUUCUGAAGAGGUGUUUAAAGCAAGGCAGGGAGCUGUGGUCCCACUGAGUCCAGCAUCAAACCUGAGAGUGCAGCCUAAGAGAAAGGCCAGCACGCUGCCCACAGUGCAGAGUAAAAGGGUGAGCCUGUGCCGCCCCUUCCCCAAAAGGACUCCUGCGGGAGCCAGCAAGGGUCCAGGCUCUCCCACGACUCUCCAGUUAGUCAAAGGACAGUUUCCUCAGAAAAGAAAAAGAGGUGCUGAGGUGCUGGCCGCGCAGUUUGUGCAGACAGCCAAAUCGGAUAGGAAAAACCAAGACGCUCCCAUUUCUGAAGAUGUUCCAGUGGCAGCGAAUGCUAAAAGGGCAAGGAGACGAGAGAAAUCGCCAGUCACAGCCGCCCCCAGGGCCGAGCCACCCGUGAGGAGGUCGCCGCAAAAGCAGAGGGUCAGCCUGGCGCAAGGCGAGGAGCAUCCCCGAAUCAGCGGGCAGCCACCCGCCGCCAAAGAAGAAACUGCUUCCCAGCUUCAAUCAGAAAUUUCAGACGGUCAAAAAGAUGUUAUUAGCAUAAAUACAGCUCAACCAGAGACGCUCUCAGUGGCUCAGAAAGAGCCACCUGAAGACUGCAUUGUCACCUGUGACUCCAGGGCCCUGAAUAUGUUGGCGGAUCUAGCCUUGAGCGCCGCUACCUCUACCGCACCAUCCUCGGAGCCCAGAAACUUCCCCGGCUCCUCAGAACUGCCGCUCCACGCUGCUUUGCUUUCUCAAGAGCCUGCUUUGCGCAGCACUUCGGACCAUGAGUAUCAUCGAGGAGUUAAAAGUCAGAAGGGCGGACCGUUCUCCACACCCUCCUCUGAUAAGAGUGAUGCAACGGCAGACCCCCGGCUCAGCCCCGAGGAAGAGAACUCGGUUGCUGGCAGUCAGGCCCCCGCGGAAGCCCCGGCGGCCCUUCCCGAGGAAGCACUAGAAGGUUCCGACUCGAGCCAGAGCUCGUUUGUUGCUGUGGAGCAUUCCUACGCCCUCCUCCUGGCAGAGCAUUCCCGGAGGCAUCUGCAGCAGAGGGGGGCCCUGGGCCCUGCCUUUGCCAAGAGCGGCACAAAGGGCCCGGAGGCGGGCACCCCCGUGGGGAAAGUCAUGCCCUUCCGGCACCAGCACAGCACCUCCCCUCUGCAGAAGCUCCCCCAGGACCCGGCGCUCCGGCGUAGGGCCAGGCUGCUGCCCUCCGGCCUGAAGGACUUUCCCUGCUCUCACACCGUGUUCAGCUGCGACGGCUCCUUCAAGAUCACCUUCAGGUGUGAAGCAGACUACGUGUUCAGCCUGGACAGCAAGUACACCAACAACCCGCUGGAGAAGACGGUCCUCAGAGCCCUGCACGGGCCCUGGAAUACUGAUUUGCCGGAUAACGUGGAAGAAGUGAAGCUGCUGCUUCACAUGUGGGUAGCUCUGUUUUACAGCAGUCAGAACCAAGUCAUGCGGUCGUCCCGGAAAGUAGUGGAGCACAGCAACCCGGCCAAGUAUGUGUCCAUAAACAGCACGCUGGACCCGAUCGCGUUCAGCGAGCUCCAGGAGGCCUCCGGCGCGGAAGGCUGCCUAGACCCCCUGUUGGAGACGGCGGACGCCCCCAGGGGCCUUCCUGCGCCCCCGUCCUUCCCCGACACCGACUCCCUGCUCCCGUUCGUGAAACCGCCACCCAGGAGAGGCCUGGAGCUCUGGGUGCAGAGUGAACAGAGCGACCUUUUUGCAGCAGAGGGUCAUGCAGAGGCCCCAGAAAGCCAGAAUCUCAUCUACUCUUGUGACACCGAGAUUAUUGGGGAGAAAGCCGAACCAGAGUCAUCAGAUAAGCUGGAAAUGUCUAAUCUCGUGCUUUCUAGGAUCAGCAGCACUCAGACUAACGGGCCGUCUAUUCCUGGUGAAGAUAAAAGCUUUGAGCCCCUUGAUGGUGCACGAGUGGCUUACAGUGAUGCUCUCACACAAACCACACUCCCUAGGACAUAUGAUGGGAUCAGCAGUCCGUCUAUGAUUUGUCAGAAGUCCGUGUACAGCGCCCUGGAAAGCAGAGUUGAUCUUUUUCAUGCAAAAAGGCAAACAAAAACAGGUGCUUUGCAGGGCCUUAUGCAGCAUAGCCACCCCCUAAACAAAGAGUGCCAGCCCUCGUUGGAAAGGAAGGAGGAUGUCGGGUAUGUGAUGAUUAAUCUGGAACCAGUGAGUCUCACUUUUGAAAAAAAUGCCUAUGUACCGAUAGAGACAGAAGCUGUCAAUAGAGCCGAUACGCCUGCAGCCUUGAGCAAACAAGUAUCACCUGCUCCAGAUCUCAGCCAUGCUGUGCCCACAUUUGCAGAGGCACAGGGUCUUGGGGACAUUCCCUCUCUGGCAGUCACAGGACAGAAAGGUGCUACGUACCUUCGUGCCUCCCCAGCAAGUAGAGAGACCCUCGUUGAGGAAAUGUGCUCACUACAGAAAGACAGGCCCGUGGCGGGCUCACCAUCGCCACCUGAUCGCCCAGUGGUAACAGAGGCCUUGUCAUCACUUAGAAGUUCUCAUUCGUCACCCAGAGAAGAGAUGAAGCUCUUGCAAGACUUUGUCCUGCAGACUCAGAGUCCCUUUAGCAUCUCUUCGGAAGCGGUUGUUGAGCUGGCCCAGGGUGCAGAAACUGGGCCAUCCUCAGCCUCUGCUCCCCGGGACACGGGGGACUCGCUUAGCCGAGUUCCGUCCAGACGGGCUCCGGGCGGCUCUGCAGAACUGAAGAGCAGCAGGACUGGUCUGAAGAGUGAGAAGGUGAGCUGCGGCUCCUUCAACUCCGAAUUUAGCAAACAAAGUGGCCUGUCCGUGAACAGAGAGGCCAGCCUCGAGUUCUCAGAGGAGGGUUCUGACCUUGACCUAACUCUCACCAUAUCGCCACCUGCAAGUCCCGGAGACGAGGAGCCCGAGGCGGAGACGGAGCAGCGGCUGGAGGCCCCGGGGCCCCACUUAGAGCUUCGGGAGACGGCGGGGGAAGGCAUUCCGCCCGCAGGGGGGCCUCGAGUAGUGGACAGAGACGUGAACCCUGCUGGCACUGUGUCAGUGAGAGCGCCAGCUAAUGAGGACAGGAGCGGUGACACUUCACAGACAGCGACCUUCGUCCUUUCUAAAGAAACGUGUGCCCUUGAGGUGGCAGAGGAGAUGCAUGUGGCCUUAGACUUCCCCUUCGGUUCUUUGAUUGAGGAAGUGUCACCAGCUUCCAGUCCUGACCCACAGGCACCAGGCGCAGACACACAGACGGCUGGGGCUGUGUCCUCCUGCGGCGCAGAGCUCUCUGAUGCGCGGCGUGAGAGCGGUGACCCGCCGUCCCAGAUGGAUUCGGUCGAUGUGGCCGUAACAGAAAAAGACAAUUCUUUGGUGGGUCCAGCCCCUCCAGUGGGACAAGAUAACUUACCUCGGGCACCGCCAGUGCCGUUUCCUGCUGAAACGCCUCUGGUAUUUAGGCGUCACCCAGAGAGGAGAGGGACGUGCUCAGCCCUUCCUGGUGCAGUCCCUGAGCAAGCUGUCCCAGGGGAGCGUGACCAGGGUCCCCCCGUCUCCGCAAGGGCACCGAGCUGGGACGCAGAGCCGAAGCAGCCUGCCUCGGCUGCCAGGUACAGAGAUGCCCCGGGAAACCAGGCGACCUCAGGGAGUCCCCUGCAGCCAGCGGCGGUGGAGGACAGAAGCCCCCACGUGAGUCACCUCAUCUGGGACUCCAGGGACCCUCCCCUCAGCCCCAGGCACAUUCUGGAAACUCAGCCUUUGGCUGCGGCCUUUGUCUCCGCGGCUGCGCCCACUGACGCCAGUCUGUCCCUGGGGGAGCAGGUCGGCCCCGAGAGGCCCCCGGAGCAUCUCCUUGGCGGGGACCUGAGGACAGACGGCCGCUGCUACAUCCUCGUCAGGUCUCUUCGCUCGGGCUCGGUGGACGGCGCCGCCGGCCCCGGGGGCCUGGUCCGCGCGGAGCGGCCAGCACCCGGCCUCUGCUCGGGCCCCGGAGCCGCGGGGCCAGGGCCGCAGACGCAGGAGAUCUCGGCCGUGAGGAUGGCCAGGCUGCUCCAGAAUAACGGCCCCGAGGCCGGGACCCGCGGCGACGCCGUGGACCUGGGAGGCGCUGGUCCGCAGUGGAGACCCCCGUCUCCUCCCGCCUUCCACCGGCUGCGGGCCGGGUCCGCGGGCCCAAGCCGGGACCUGGUGGGCCAUGGGCCCUUGCCCCCCUGCUCACGGGCCGAUGCGCCCCCCGACACGGCGGCCGCCGGCCUGGGCGGCGGGCAAGCACCUUCUGCUUCCUUUGUCCCCGGAUCUCGGGCCCCCCUUGGUGGUGGCGUCUCUGACGCUGAGAGCGCUGGUGAGGGGCCGAGGGCCGAGAGGGACCCUGCGCCCCCGGGUCUCCGUGCGAAUCCUGACAUCCAUUAUGAGCCACUUUCCGGAGACUCGGAUCAAGACUCUCUUGGCGAGUGUGCGAAACCCAGGGUAGACGCCCGGGAUUCCUGCGCUCCGCGGUGUAGUCGUGCCGAGGACAAAGGUGCCUCCGACGAGAGUGACGACCCUUUCCUGGGCCUGAGCCACAGCGACGACGACGAGGACUGGGGCCGCUCGCGCCGGCUGCCCGGGCUGGAGCCCGCCAGGCGCGUGCCCGCUUUCGUCCGCGUCCGCGACCUCCGCGGCGUGGCCCGCGCCUACGCCAACUUCCCGGUGACCCGGGCGCGGAGCCGGGCCCCCGGCGGCAUGGCCCAGGGCGCCUCGCUCCGCCUGCGGACGGACACGGGGCCGGGGGCGGCUGACCUCACCCGCAGCACUUUGGAUCUGGAAUAUCUGCGUUUUGCACAUAAACUAAAGCAGAUGGUGAAGCGCGGAGACGCCCGGCGGUCGGGCCCCUCGGCCCCCCCCUUUCCCAAGGCGGCCCCCGCGCCCGCCUCCCGGAGCCGAAGUCCCCUGGUGGUGACCGUCGUGCACUCGGACCCCAGACCCCCGGGUCGUCGGGCAAGAGGCCACACGCCCCACCGCAUGGCCCAGUCCUCCUCGUCCUGGAAGGAGCGGGGCGCCCACGGCAGGAGCCCGCUUCCCAACUCGGGCGGAAGCCAGGCGGCCGCGCUCCACCUCCACAAGCUCAAGUACAACAGCCCCUGGAAGGACUCGCGCGGCGACAUCUCGCUCAUCCUCAGCGAGUUCGCCGAGUUCAACAAGGUGCUGCUCGGCAGCGGCAGCCAGGCCGCCCCCCGAGACCCAGAGCCCAGCGAGGCCGCGGCCCCGGCGCCGGGCCCGCCCUGCCCCCGGCCCGCCUCCUACGAGGACCUGGUGGCCGACCUGUGCGCCAGUCUGCGCGUCAAGCUCGAGCGGGUGGUGAAGGAGGCCUGCGCCAGAACCUUCCUCUUCCACCUGGUGGAGACAGCCGACGAGUCGUUCUUCCUAAGGACGAAGAACCUUCUGCGGAAGGGAGGCCACGCCGAGAUGGAGCCUCAGCGUUUCUGUCAAGCUUUUCCCAGAGAGAACGAUACGCUCCUCGUCAUCAUCAGAAACGAAGACAUCGCGUCCCACUUGCACCAGAUCCCUUCCCUGCUGCGGCUGAAGCGCUUGCCCGGCGUGCUCUUCGCCGGCGUGGACAGCCCGGAGGACGUCCUCCACCACACCUACCAGGAGCUCUUCCGGGCCGGGGGCUUCGUGGUGUCGGACGGCAGGAUACUGGACAGCGUCACCUUGGUUCAGCUGAAGGAGAUCGUCAGAAUCCUCGAGAAACUGAAUGCCAGCGGCAGGUGGAAGUGGCUGCUUCACUACCGGGAGAUUAAAAAGCUAAAAGAAGAUGUGAGAGUGGAUUCAACUGCAUGUAAAAAGAACCUCAUACUGAAAUCGUAUCAGAGUGCAAACAUCCUCGAGCUGCUUCACUAUCACGAGUGUGACUCGCGACCCUCGACAAAAGCCGAGCACCUGCAGUGUCUGCUGACCCUGCAGAUCCAGCGCGUCCACGCCAGGUUCGCCGUCUUCCUCACAGAAAAGCCCGCGCUCUCCAGAGAAGUCUUUGAAGAUAGUGGCAUCCUUGUUACAGAUGUAAAUGACUUUAUUGAAAAUAUGCAAAAAGUAGCCGCUCCCUUCAGGAGCAGCUACUGGUAAGAGCAGGGUGGCCUCUCGCACGUGAGCUGGAACUGCCGUCUGUGUCCUGAGAAACCAGUUGUUCGAAAUUGUCCUGUACCUUGCACAUCAUGCUGUAAACGCGUCCGUUCACUUGGGGGUGGAAUUGCUGCUGGUUUGGCGUAAACGGGCCCUUCUCAAGUACCACUAGCGAAAUAACUAAGCUGCCUUCUGAACGACAUGCCUCUGCACCUGCAUCCCUGACGCCAGGACUGGUGAUGGAACCCGGGCGCAGAGGCCUCUUCCCAGCAAUCAGCAUCCCGCUCAUGGCACUAGUGCUCGUUGCUUGGUCUUACAGGUGGGCUUGUCAGCAGUUCUGCUUCCAGGUGAUGCGGCUGCCGCUUUCCUGGACAGUGAUGACGCCCCCAACAAGCCACUCUCGUCCCUCUCCUUGGAGACUUUCAGAUGCACAGAACAGCCCUCUCGCAUUUGAGAAACCCUAUCCUUCUUGUGUCACACGUCACUAGAACAUCUGGCUUUGGUCGCAGCAGCACUGCAGCUGUCCGUUAGUUUGGGGUUGCAGUGUUAGUGUUUUUAAAUUAUUUUCAUUUUAAACAGAAUGCCUUCAAAACUAUUGAUUGAACUUAAAGAGUUUCAUAAGUGUACUCAAGUGUAGCAAACCUAAGUCUCUUACCCAGUAGCAGUGUUUUUGCAUGUUCUGGUCAGAAAAGCGUAUGUACUACAUGUGACAGCUUUAAAGCUUUUCCCGCCUGUGUGAACACAAUGAUCCUACGUGGUUUUAUUUGCUGUUAUUCACACUACAUCAACUUUUUUCCUAAACGGUACAAAUUUAUAAACUCAUUUUUCACUUCCUUUUUGGUACAUAGUCACUACAGAAAUCAACCCUGAGAAAGAAAUGACCAUUUAUUUAUAUUAGAAUGAUUUCUACAAUAAUCUUAACCUCAAAACCAAGCAAAAAAAAAACAUUUGUAAGAUACAUAGUAUCUAUUUGGUACAAACGUUUUUGUAACUGAUUUCAUUUUUUUAAUAAAGACAACGAAGUAUCAUUCAACUGCU